CACACACACAAACACAUACAUAUACACACACUAUUUCUCUCUCUAUAUAUCGAUCUUCUAUUUUACUCCCUUCUUAUUGAUCUCCCGUCCCACUAGAAAGCUUUCUACGAAACGGAUCGACGAUCAAAUUAUCAAUAUCCUUCAUUGUUAAUUCAUAUUCAAUUGUUUAAUUAAUGAAUAUCCACGGCCAGGAAUAAAUAGUCUUUUCUGGAAGGCGAUCGUUGACUGAAAGAGAUUGAUCAUCAAAAAUUCCUUCGAGGCUCUUCAGGUGGAGAUGGCUUCUCUGCAAGGACCUGUAAUUUGUCCCACUGUUCGACCUAAACUAAGCGGCUCUUACAUUUCGUCUGACCUCCUCAAAAGCAGAUUUUUGGGAUAUAAGGGGGGGAUCAACAAGGGUGUGAAUGCUAAUAUCAGUUAUCUUCCAAAGCUAAGGAAAUGGAAGAACAGAGUGAAUUGUAGUUUCAGUUCAUCUUCUAAUGAUAACAAUAGCACAGCUGAGAAUUUCAAUGAGAACGACGAAAACUAUGUCAAUUCCAGUAUAGUGGAAGCAGUCGAAGUGAAAAGUGGUCCAGAUGGUUUCUCGAUCAAGAUGAGAGAUGGUAAGCAACUAAGGUGUUCUCAUAAUAACCCUCAGGCUGGACGUCAGCCUGAUUAUGCUCCACAUCCUGCAAUUGUACUCAAGAUAGAAGAUGGGACUGGUCUUCUCCUCCCUAUAAUUGUUUCCGAGAUGCCAAGUGUUUUGCUCAUGGCUGCCCUGCGAAAUGUCCAAAUUGCUAGGCCAACCAUGUAUCAAGUUGUGCAGGAGAUGAUCGAUAAGAUGGGAUAUUCAGUGAAGCUUGUUCGUGUAACCAAAAGAGUACACGAGGCAUACUUUGCUCAGUUAUACCUCACAAAGUUGGGAAGUGAAACUGAGAAUGUAAGCUUUGAUCUUCGCCCUUCUGAUGCCAUUAACAUUGCUGUGAGAUGCAAGGUCCCUAUACAGGUCAAUAAGUACUUGGCAUAUAGUGAUGGGAUGAAGGUUAUGGAAUCUGCAAAGGUGUGGGCUAAGAUCAGUCCUACUGAUGGUCGUGUCACCAUAGAAUUGGACAGGCCUGAUGAGCGACCAUGCAUGGAGACAAAGGAAUUUGAUCUUGCAAGGAACAUGUGGACUGCUGCUGACGAGGAGCGCUAUAAAGAUGCGGCUCUGUGGAGGGACAAACUUAUUCAAUUCAAGACGGACAAGAAUUGGACAUAGAAGGUGAAGGAAGAAGAUCUUCUCAAUCUUUAAUAUUUAACUAGUAGCAGUUCAAAAUGUUUGCCUUUUGCUUUUCCAGACGAGCAAUGGACUGUAAAUAGGGUGUUGACUUCCUGUGAAGUUGAUGCAAUUGGAUCUAAAGCUUGUAAAUCUGUGUACAUAUCAUAUAUAUGAACUCGAAUAAUCAUAAGUUAAUAAUCCUUCUGGAUGAUAAUAAUAAUAAUAAUAGAACUAUGAUAUUUAAUGCAGUU